UUUCACUUUCAGUUUAGUCGACGUUGCUGGCAUCGGCCAGCUGGAUCAGCAGUCAUUGGUAGUUCAUUCACCAAAGAAAAGCAAUGUCAGGAAAUUCGAAGGAUUUUCUCUACCUUGCAUGGCUAUUGUUGGUGCAUAGUGUGUAGUUUUUAACGCUGUGAUAAUUUUAUCCAAGCACGAUUUAAAAAAAAAAAAUAUGAAAGGACAGGAUCUUUUAGCUGGUGCAGCCAGAGCGGCUACUUAUAACAUGGCACUGCAGUUAUGUAUUCGAAUGAUGACAUUUAUUCUGAAUGGAGUUGUACUGAGGUAUAUUUCCAAGGAAUUGCUAGGAGUGGUCAAUGUCAGAUUGACUCUCCUAUACACCACCACUCUGUUCAUUGCGACCGAGUCCUUCGAUCAGGCCUGCCUCAGCAAGAUAGAAAACAAGGACUGGCGACAAGUGGUCAAUCAAAUGUGGCUAACGUUUCCAAUGAGUAUCGUUGUGUGUUUUAUAUUUGGAUCUAUCUGGAUGUAUGGAUUGGAGAGUCCGGAUCCAGAGAGCAUUCCUUACUAUGGAGUUGGUGUCCUGUGCUUCUGUUUGAACACUAUAAUCACUACACUAGCCAGGCCCCACUUCAUUAUUGGACAGUGCCACUUGUUUAACAGACUCAGGGUUGUAUCUGUGGCAUUGUCAGAACUGUUGAAAUGUGUUGUUGCUGCAUUCCUUGUCAUCUAUUUUCCACAGUGGGGCUUAAUUAACUUCUGCAUUGCUCAACUGGUUUGUGCGAUAAGUUACUCCGCCAUAUAUUACGCGGUGUUUUACAUGAUGAUUAAGAAUAAGGACCUGGAGGAGACGUUCGUAUUUCAGUCAGUCAGGGACUUCUUUCCCAGAAUCCUACCUGAUAAACCAUUUAUUGAUCAGCGGCUAGCAUCGUUAACGGGCAGUUUCUUUAAGCAGUCUAUCUUCAAACAAAUACUGACAGAAGGUGAAAAAUAUGUGAUGACAGUGUUUGGAGUUUUUAACUUUGGAGACCAAGGGGUGUAUGACAUCAUUAACAAUUUGGGCUCCCUGGCUCCCCGAUUUAUUUUUCAACCAAUAGAAGAGAGCGGCCGUCUCUUUUUCUCCAGCUUGUUUACCCGAGGUCAAAGUCUGCAGCUACAAAGCAAAGACUCCAUAGAGUUGGUGACCAGUGUACUCCAACAUCUCCUUAAGACAGUCACUCUGAUUGGCUGUAUCAUCCUGGUGUUUGGUCAGCCCUACGCCUACCUAGCGCUCGAUUUGUAUGGAGGAUCUCUACUCUCCUCAGGGGCUGGUCCCCUGUUACUGAGGUGGUACUGUCUGUAUGUCCUGCUGCUGGCAGUCAAUGGCAUCACAGAGUGUUUCUACUUCUCCAUUAUGAGUAAAGAGGAAAUUGAUAGCUAUAACCACAAAAUGCUGCUGUUCUCUGUCAUUCUGUUGGGAUCUUCCCUAUUCCUAACACAGAUCUUUGGCAGUGUUGGAUUUGUUCUAGCAAACAGCAUUAAUAUAGGAUGUAGAAUUCUUCAAAGUGUUUGGUUUAUUCAUAACUUCUACAAGGACAGCAGUUACCAGCCACUGAAGGGAUUUCUCCCUUCAUUCUCUGUACUAGGAGCCCUGGCUCUUGCUUAUUGUACAACAGCAUUGUCAGAGUACUACCUCUGCUGUGAUGGUGGGAAUCUUUACAAACUUCUACACAUUGCCAUCGGAGGACUGUGUCUGUUGUGUGUUCUGGUAACCAUAGUAAUCAGGGAGAGAGAACUUGUACAAUUUGUGACAACACGGUUAUGGGGACGCAAAAUAGGAAAGACAAACUAACAAAUUUUAUGUUUAGGUUCUUAUGUUGGUGUAAUUAACUGGUACAAAACUAGAGGAAUGUAUCUGCCAAUUCUGCAGGAUAUCAGAGAUGAUAGUCGUUGGCUUUACCAAUAGGAAUCUAGUCAGUUCAUACAUGUAAACCUCAGUUGAGAAUUCCAGCAUUCAGUAUAGUAACAGUACAUGAAUUAAUACAUGUAAUAAAUAUAUCUGAACAUGUAUUAAAUUGGAUACAUGUAUGAGAAAAGUUAAUAAAUGGCUCUUAAGUUUUCAA